AUGUCUCGUGCCAACACGAUCGGUUUUAUUGGACUGGCCGCCAAAGAGAUUGCCUUGAAAGCUUCAACCAUCAUCAGCAUGGUGCCUACUGCAAAACAUGUCAGGCAGGUAUAUCUCGGAAACGAUGGUGUGCUUCCGGCGCUAAAGUUUCUCGAUCGCACUGAAGUUCAGCAAACACUCUGCAUUGAUGGAUCAACCAUUGAACAAGAGGAAAGCCGUGCAAUUGCAAAGACACUCAAGGAUGAAGGGGCAGAGAUGAUUGAUGCCCCUGUAUCUGGAGGAGUUGUUGGAGCCGAGAGAGCAACCCUUGCAAUCAUGGUCGGCGCUUCCAAGGAAGCUUUUGAGCGUUCCAAACCUGUGCUCGAGCCGAUGGGGAGGCGCGUUACUCAUUGCGGAGACAACGGAGCAGGCUUAGCAGCCAAGAUAGCAAACAACACUUAUACUGACAAGAGAAAUGUCAGAGAAGCAAUGCUCUUAGGUAAAAAGCUCGGUCUCGAGCCACAGGUACUCGCCAAUAUUAUUAAUGAGUCUACCGGCCGAUGCUGGUCUUCAGUCAGCAACAACCCCGUCCCAGAAGUAAAUAUUGAGGAUGCCUCCCCCCCGGCUCAAAGGGAUUACCAAGGCGGAUUUGUGACAAAACUCGCUCACAAAGACCUUGCUCUAGCAGUAUCCGCCAGCGGUAGCGUUGGGCUGCCUCUACAUUUGGGUAAAUUUGUUGAGCAACUGUAUAGACCUUUGGCUCAGCCUGAGUCUCCGUACAGCAACAGAGACUUCUCCUCGAUAUAUAAGGUUUUCGAGUCCGAAUCUUAA